CGUCUGGUGCCUAUCUGGUGCGGCUCGAUCCGGCCCGACGAUUCCGAUCCCCCUCCCGUCCGUCCUUCCUUCCCGUCUCGGUCUCUCGCUCUCCACGCCGGCGACCGGAGAAGGGGCAGCGCGCGCAGGCGACGCCCACGGCGACGGAGACGGCGAAUCGUUCCCCUCGCGCGCCGGCUUCGGCCCAGCCCCGCGGCGACGCUCCAGGAUUGAAGGGGGCAUGAGAAGGUGGACAUUGUUGCUCUAGUGAUUUGAUUACCGGAGAUGGUGUUGGUGGCAAAGCAGCACCGCUGCACACACUCUGCGAGCUGCGUUUGCAUCAAGGGCCACCUCAGUGAGGAUGCUCUGUACCUCGUCUUCAAGCACAUGAACUGGAACCCGAGGCUGAUUGCUAUCCUGUCAUGUGUGUGCAAGUGGUUUGACGAGGUUGCCAAGCAGGUGCUGUGGAAGGAGUUCUGUAAUGCGAGGGCUCCGAAGAUGAUGCUGGAUUUGCAUUCAGGUGGCAGCCACAUUGUUGAUGGGAACUGGAAAGCGCUGGGGAAGCUGCUCAUCUAUUGCAAUGGCUGCACAAAAGGGGGACUGUUUAAUAACAUCCAUGUUCCAGGCCAUUUUGUGUUCAGGACACGCUUUUCUAGGACUGCAGGCAGGAGUUUCCUGCCUCUGCCAUGCAAGUCUGACGUCCUUUAUGUGUCAGAUCCAUGCGAGCAUCUUGAUCAGGGGGAAGAAGGUGACUUGGGUUUCUUCCGAGGCAUCUUUAAGUCAUUCGCCACUUCAAGGGUAAAGAAGAUGUUGAUUGAGAAGCGGGCUAGGUUUCAUCCAACGGAGUUGUGCCCUUAUUGUAAGGCCAAGCUAUGGAACAUGUUCCAAGAAAAUAUGAUUCCAAGGAGUGCUUCCGCUAGGUUGGGUGCCUAUGAUGAUUCUGUUGAGUAUUUUGUAUGCCUGAAUGGACAUGUUAUUGGACUUGGUACCCUGCUACCACUCUCAGACUCAGAGGAGGCAGCAGAUGAGUAAUCAUCAAGAACGUGAAUCAGGUUUGGAAGAUUGAAGCCCAGGACUUGUGAAAUGAUACUGAAUCUUGGCUGACUUGUGACUAGCAGAGAGUGAGAUGACAUUGGUUCAGCAAACUGUGGCACAACAAGAAUCUGUGAUGGGCUCCGCAUUGGACUGCAGCUGUGUUCUUCAGGGGGUGUCUUGCAUCAGAUUGGAAAAAAAAAGAAGAGCUAUUUUAUAGUGUCUCUCCUUUAUUUAUUGAUAUGUCAUUACUUGUUUUUGUAACUGGAAUCAAGACACUAGACGUCACCUCGCUUGCCUGUUUAGACAUGUUCGUAUCAUGUGUAGUGAGAUGUUCUAUUUAGCGAGACUUGUGAUGUUAAAUUUAUGCUCAUGAUAUUCAUGUGCUGUUGUCUUUACUGUGCCGUUUCUGUUGCUGAUUACUGAUUCUGGUGUGCGUGGUCUGAUUCUGGUCAUACAAGUACUUGUUUUGUCACCGUCCGUUAUGCCGUCAGAUUAAUGUCGCCAUGACAUUGAGAAGUGAGCUUAGCUCUUUGGUUGGGUUGGUGCUUGUUAUUCCUGAAUUUAUUUCAGGAUUUAAUGGUGCUGUUUUUUUUGGUAGACGACGUGUUAUUGACAGUAAAGAGCCUGUAGUGAUCUCAUCAAUCUUAAGAUUUGCUGAUCCAGUUUAGUUAUUCAGAGGUGCUUACAGUGUAUAUGUGUUUAUAGGGGCGAGUGUGUACUCGUUCGUGUAUGUGAGGGUUUACAUUUGUGUAUAAAAAAAAUGUCGCCAUGACAUCAUUUCACUUCAGAAAUGGGAUAAUGAAAGAAUAAUUGAGAUAGCACAGUUCAAAACAUAUCCACAAAAUGGGCUUGGCCCAACCUACGUACAAAAUGGGUCCAGACGAACCUAACCUGCUAAAUGGGCUCAGCCGCCUCUUCUUUUCUCCGCUCCCUUCCCGUCGUCCCAACCGCCCGCCCGCUCCUCAUUUCCUUCCCUUCCCGAACGCCGAACUCAAACGCGUUCAACUGGCAAUCGCCACGAGCGCACGACCUUGUAGCCGUGGUCGUUACCCAUGGAGAUCACCGAGGAGCAGCGGCGUCGCUCCGAGGCCAACCGCCUCGCCGCCCUUGAGAAGCGGAAGCGCAUCGCGGAGGCCGCAGCUGCGGCCGCGGCUGCCACCGCCUUUCCCGCCUCCGGCGCCCCCACAUUCCCUGCCUACGACACUGCCGCCGCCGCCGAGUGGAGGCUCGCCAAAUGCCCAAGAAUCGCCCCGCCCGCGCCCCAGCCGCCUCCGUUUGCGCCGCUGCCCCCGCGUCCUUCACCACCGCCGCCGCCACCGCCGACUCCGCCUCAGCCGCUGGUGGGGUUCCAGGUUGUGCUGGAGGUAUGCAGCCCCGACGAGUUCUUGGUGGCGGUGGGGCCGGUGGUAGGCAGGGCAUACCCCGGGGAGGCCGAGUGCCUUGGCGCCGUCCAGGACUGCCUCGCUGCGGCUUCGGUUGUACAAUACUCUGCAACACAGUCGCUAAGUCAAAGCGCUCAUCUUCGCCCUGUAUUUAAGCUUGUGGACUAUGAUGUGGUAUUGAAAUGCCUUAAGAAAUUACCUGGAGCUUCUGUGCAAGAAAUACCUUCUAGCACAAAGACAAUUAUUCAGAAUAUACCUAGGUAUCCUGGCCCAAAGUGGGCUUCUGAUGAAGAAGUAGAUGAGCUUCUCAAGAAGCUGCCACAGCAAAUAAAAGAUGCUCUUUUACCCUUCCAACUUGAAGGAGUGAUGUUUGGGCUUCGAAGGCGUGGACGCUGCCUAAUUGCAGAUGAGAUGGGGCUUGGCAAGACUCUCCAGGUGGGCAUAUAG